AUGAGUCGCCUGUUGAGUUUCUUCAACCUUCGGAAAGCCAGCAGGCCAAACCGCGAGGGUUCUCGGAACGGCAGCAGCCACCACGGGAGGCACCUGUCCGAGACAGACACGUCCUGCCACUCGGCCGGGGCUGUGUUUGACAUCGACCUGUCCUACCGGGGCGGGGGCUACGACCAUGCCUGGACGCACACCAGCAUGCUGCUGCAGCAAGGCAUCCCCCUGGAGCUGAGCAAGGCCGAGAUCGAGGCCCUGCCCACCACCGCCAGCGCCCUCGUGGUGCAUGCGGUGCGCCAGCUCAUCAGGCCCAGCACCCACUUUGAGGCCGCGCUGCUGGAGGACGUCAUCGCGGUGCGGACCAGCCUGGCCCUCUGCACCGGCGGCGUGGACCUGACGGAGUUCUGCGAGGAGCUGCGGGCCCUGGGCUACCUGGCCCGCUUCUCGCUGGGGCACCCGCCGCCGGCCUACUCCGCGCUGCUGGACAGCAUGCCCGCGGAGUUCGUGGGGCCGCCGGAGCGGCUGCAGGCCCUGGUGCGCCUGCUGUGCAGCGAGAUUGCCGGCGCGUUUGCCGUGCAGGGCCAGCCCCUGCCGCCCUGGAGGACCCUGCGCUCCAUGCUGGGCAAGUGGUUUGACCUGGGCGCGCCCGGGCCCGGCGCCCGGCACUCGCCCGGCGCGGCGCCGGGGGCUGGCGAGGUGCCUGCGGGGGCCGAGAUGGCGCUGGAGGCGGGUGGGAGGGUGAGGGCUGCGGAGGGGACGGGCCAAGCGGGCCCGCCGAGCCAAGGCCCGGACCCCAGGAGCAGUUGCGCCGGCGAACACCCAGGCGUGGAGGCCCCCGACCUGCAGACCGCGUUCAGCACGCGGCCGAGCCGGGAGAGCGAGUCCACCGCGUCCUGGGCCUCGCCGCGCACCUCCACCGGCCUGACGGAAGGCGGGAGCGGGUCCUGCAGCGGCAUGGCGGGGGGCAUGAGCGGGCUGCUGGAGGGCACCUUUGUCGGCAGCGACGGCGUGGGGCGGUCGACGCGCGGCGGCGCGCCGCCCGCCGCGCCCGCCGCCCUCCGCGCACCGCCGGAUGAGGACCGGUCCAACAAGCCCCGCCGCCGCGCGGCGCAGCAGCAGCUGGCCGCGCUUGCGAGCCGGACCUCACCGGGGGGCGGCGCGGCGGGGAGCAGCGCCGCCGCGGGGCCCGACCGCGCGGACGACGGCGCGGUGGCCUGGGCGCCGGCUCGCGGCGAGGCCGUCGCCGGUGCUGCCGUCUGGGACGCAUGCGUGCGGGACGGGGCGGCGGCGGUGGUGCAGGCUGCCCCCGGCGACGCCGGCGAAACCGCCCGCCUGCGCAGGUGCCGCCCCGCGCAGCGCACGAGCGGCGGCGCGAUACCCGCCGGGGCCUUGCCCGGUGCGCUGGGCAAGGCCAGCGCCCAGCCGGCCCGCAUCGAGGCCUGGCCGGCCGCGGCAGCCGACCAGGCCGCUGCGCCGGACUCCCCGCUGGCGCCGCUGGGCGCUUCGCCCACACCCAGUGUGAGGAGAACGGGCCCGGUGGACAGCCAGGGGCACGUCACCACACCCCAAGCCGGCCGGAGGUGA